CUAAGAGAUAUCGCAGCAGCACUAAUUCGAAACCACAUGUUAGAGAUGCCCAAAAUUAUUUGAUAGUUCUGGAACAAAGUCUGGAAGUGGAUGACUAUCAGAAAUUCCUCAAAAUUAUGAUGGAUUUCAAACAUGAAAGGAUCAAUCUAAUUGAGUGUGUUAAAAAGGUGAAAGAGUUGCUUCAAAGACAACCUGAGUUGUUUCUGGACUUUCAAGACUUUUUGCCAAAGGGCUGUGAUGCGAAAGAAUCUUGUACCUAUAUCGAAAAGCAUAAUCACAACUUCAAGGAUGCCUUAGAUUUUGUUCACAAAAUAAAGAAUCGCUUCUCCGAUAAUGAUCAGAAUUACUACACUUCCUUUCUACACAUACUGAACAUGUAUCGUACUUAUCAAAAGUCCAUCGUCGAAGUACAUCAAGAGGUAAUAAUGCUUUUUCAAGACCAUGAUGAUUUGCUCAAAGAUUUCUAUUGUUUCAUGCCUAAUUGUUCUAAAGGACUGGCUUCUAGUCAUGCAUUAUCCCGAGAUCUUUUCAGGCCAACAAGUACAGAUUAUGCUGGAGGUGAAAAGAUGCUUCAAAUAGAAAGAGUAUCACAUGAUGAAUAUGAUAACUUGAACACUCAUUUGCAUGAUCUAGAAGAUAAUGAGAGAACAACACAAAUCCUCUCAGAUGAUGAAAUCUCCAAAUGCUAUGGGUUGAGUAACACAAGCGUAGAGCAUGAAACAAAUUCCAACUGUUCAUUGUUGCUCACUGGUGAAGAAGGUCAUUUGCAUAUACCAGUCAUGGAAGAGGACAAAUUAAUGGAAAUAAAGUUAAAUGGAUAUUGUCAGAAGGAAAAACUAUCCUGGAGUGUGAGUCCUGGAGGGAAAUGCUUUGAUAAAGAUUUUACGCCUUCCAGAAAUGCUGAUGUUUAUGAAGAUAAUCCUAUCAUAGCUGAUGAAGAAUGUGAUCCCAGAAGAGAGAACUUCUCAAACUGUCAACGCUAUGAUUCUAGUUAUUGUUUUCUUCCAAAAAAUUAUGCAGCCCCUCGAGCAAGCUAUAUGACUGCGCUGGAUGCAUCUGUCUUGAAUGAUAGAUUGGUGUCUGUGCCCUCUGGAAGUGAAAAUUGCACCUUCAAGUUCAUGCGCAGGAAUAAAUAUGAAAAAUGUUUAUUUAGAUGUGAGGAUGAUAGGUUUGACAUGGAUAUGAUGCUACUUAAGGUGGCUUUGACUUCUCAGAAAGUAGAGGAUUUGCUGGAGCAGGUCCACUCUAACAAAAUUGAACUGGGAUCUACAUUUCAGAUUAAAGACUACCUUACUGAUCAAAACUUAAAAUGUAUUGAACAGUUAUACGGUGACAAUGGGCUGGAAGUUGUUGGUCAUCUAUGUGCAAAUGCAAGUACUUUGCUGCCUGUGAUAUCAACUCGUUUAAAGCAAAAACAAGAGGAAGGGUCAAGAAAGCGUGCGAAACUUGAGAAAGUUUGGAGCGAAGCUUGUGCAAAGUAUUAUCCAAGAUCACUGGAUUACCGCAGCUAUCAAUUCAAGCAGCAAGAUAAAAGGAAUCUGACAUCAGAAGCUUUGUUAGAUGAAUGUAGACAAGUAAAUGAGCCAGAGGAGGACAAUAUGCUUUUCAAGAGUGUUACUGGGAAUAGACAAAUUAGUUCUAUCAUGGUAUUUGAAUAUGCAGACAGAGAAAUCCAUGACGUACUUCACAAAAUUAUGGAUUACUAUUGUAGUGAAUGUUGCAACUCAAAGGACGAAAUGGACAACAUCAUGAGGAUAUGGACAACCUUUUUGGAGCCAAUGUUUGGAGUUUUAACAUGGCUCCACGACACUGAAAACAUCAAAGAAAAGGAGCAAAAUUCUACUAGUGUGCCAACCUCAGCUCAUAUGGAUGCUUCUCUUGGUUCUAAAGACUUUGCAACACAUCUAGACUAUUCUCAUACUUCAAAUGCAUCUAUUGCUCCCAUUGACAAAGAAAAUGUCAACAAUUUUAAGAAAUGGGAGUCUGUUAUUCACACAGGUUGUGGUAACCAAAUGGAUUUUUAUAAGAAUGCUCAUCCAUCCACUGAAGUUCCUACUUUAUCAGACUACGAAGAUGAAAGAGAAGAGGGCGAGCUAUCACCUGAAAUCCAUCUCGGAGAUGGUCAAUUCUUGGAUUUUGAAGAUUCUGCAACUGAAAAGACUGUUGUGGUAAAAAAUAGUUCAGAGUCGCUGAUAAAUUAUAUUGAGGCAAAAGAUGGUGGGACUGCAAUGUAUGAUCUCAAUGCCAAUAAUAACAAUGAAAGUACAAACAUGGAUACAAGUGACAGCUCAAAGGCGUAUCGCGUAGUUGAAGAUGCAUCAGUUAGUGAAGAUUAUGGUGCCAAUGAUGCUGAGGAGUCCUCUUGUGAACACAAUGGGGAAAGGAAAUGUGUUCCUCAAGGUUUCAAAAGUGAAAGAAUGUGGGUUGCAGAAGUGUCAGAUGCUGACAUGCACGAGGCAGAGGGAACAAGUGAACAGCUUUCAGUGUCUAACCCUCUCGCUCAGCAUUGGCCUAAACGAUUGCAUGAAAACAGACCAUCAAGGAUCUUUUAUGGAAAUUCUUCAUUCUAUUUGCUUUUUAGGCUUCAUCAGAUUUUGUACGACAGAAUACUGUCAUCAAAGAUAAAUGCAUCAUCGACUGAAACUCGAUUGAGAGCCCUGAAGAAAGCAGCUCCUCCUAAUCACUUUGCCAAAUUUAAGAAGGCACUUUAUAGUUAUCUUAAUGGGGGUUCCACAAACAAAUCAAAAUUUGAAGAUGAUUGUUUUACAUUUGUUGGACCUCAAGCGUAUUUGCUGUCCACAUUGGAUGUUUUGUUAUCUAAACUCGUGAAGCAGCUACAAGAAGUCGCAUCCAAUAAGAAAGAGAACGAGUUCCUUCAGCUCUAUGCGUAUGAAAACUCCAGAAGAAGUAGCAGAUCAAGUGACCUGAUUUAUCUCCAAAAUGCUUACUCAAUUCAUCACGGUGACAUAUUCCGUUUCGAAUGUUCUUCGAAUCCCACCAAGUUAUCAAUAAAGUUCAUGGAACACCCGUAUAAAGAAUUUGAAACAACUACAGGUUCUAAAGAAUCAAAUUUUGCAGCUUAAUUACAGUGUUCCUGAGAGAAAGGAAACGAAAAAACCUUUCAAUUGUAAAAUAUUAUGAGAUGGGUAUUGAGGACUUCCUCAUCAAACGAAAGAAGAAGAAAUCAUCCUCCAGUGAUUCUGCAUCAUGCAACCAUUCGACAAGUUCUUCGCGUGUUAAAGGUUUUAGGAAAAGCUUUAUCUUGAAUCGAACGAUAACAAUUCUUGGCGCUCGUGUAAAACAUUUCAGGAGUUGGAACGCAGAUCAGUUAGUUGA